CGUGCGGGUUGGUAGGAAGCCUCCUGGUCUGGAGGGUCUUCUCUCGUCGGCGGAGGAGGGGGGGUCAUCCUUUACAUCGGCUCCUGCGGCACCCUCGUCUUUACUCUGGUGUCGGGCGCCUGCUAGGACGUGUCGUGCUCUUGGGGAGGUGGUGGUGUACGCCUCGUGUCCUGCCGCUCCUGUACGAUGAUCGUCCGGUACGGAACCCGGGGCAACGGGGUGCGACGAGUGCGCGAGUGUUGACCCACGCCGAGGUGUCGCCGGCGGACGAGAGACUCGUUUGCGUCCUUGGGGGUUGGUGCCGGUCCGAAACUUGACAUUCGUGUGACUGUGGACAGUGCCGCGGAGAGAGACACACCCCCCCGGCUGUUUGUUUCGGAAGACACGCUCGGAUACGCUCCCGCGACCAUGAGGAAAAACAAGAUUGCACACUUAUGGAUUCCCGUGGCCUUCCUAUUGGCCGCAGCCGCAGCGUCGCCCGACGCCCAGCGCCGGGACGCUAGUCUCAAGGGGGGCGGCAACAACUACCACGGCAGAGGCAGCGGCGGCGACUCCGGGGACCUGGUGCCGCCACCCGGCCCCGGAGGCGGCUCAGGAGCACCGCGAGGCAGCUUCGGCCCGCCGCUGGUCGAGGACUCGUACGCUCCGCCGCCCUCGUACGGCCCUCCCAAGCCCAAACCGGUGUACGGGCCUCCCCCCGUCGGAGGUCCCAGCGGCUCGUAUGGGCCGCCGAACGCCGUGUACGCGCCGCCGCCGCCAGACCCACCACCACCGCCGCCAGGCCUGUUCGGGGGCCGACCUUCGGCCUCGUAUGGCCCACCGCUGAAGCCUCCGAAGUCCCUGUAUGGAGCCCCUCCGAGACCCGUCUUCGGGCCUCCGCUGAAGAGGCCUCGCCCCGUGUACGGCGCUCCGUUUGGUGGCGCAGGAUCCUGCUGCGGUGGAGGUGGCGGCGGAGGGCCUCCGAGAAGCCCGCGGCCUGUCUAUGGACCACCGAAACAACUUUACGGCCCACCGAAGCCGGUUUAUAGGCCUCCGAAACCUGUUUAUGGCCCACCCAGACCGAGUUCGGCGUAUGGACCUCCUCCUGGCGUUGGAGCACCUCCAACACCUCCAGACAUAACGUACGAUGGUUGGCAACCAAUACCAGGGCUCUCGAGGCCUCAGACAUCAUAUGGACCACCACCGAGUGGACAAGGAGGAAGUGGUGGUAGCUUGAAUUAUAAUGGGCCACCACCACCAAGUGAAACUUACGGCGGACCACCCCCACCUUUGCCUUCUACCACUUUGAUCAUUUCCCCUCCAAGCAAAGAUUACGGAGUUCCAGCUUUGCCCAGUAACGAAUAUGGUGCUCCACCUCCAAGCAACCAGUAUGGAGCACCACCUCCAAGUAAUCAGUAUGGCGCACCACCUCCAAGUCAGGAUUAUGGUGCUCCUCCACCCAGUAAAGAAUAUGGGGCUCCACUUUCUCCACCAAGUAAAGACUAUGGGGCUCCUCCACCCAGUAAAGAUUAUGGUCCUCCCCCACCUAGUCAAGAUUAUGGUGCCCCUCUUUCCCCGCCCAGUAAAGACUAUGGAGUUCCUCUGCCGAGUCAAGAUUAUGGUGCUCCUCCUCCACCCAGUAAAGAUUAUGGCACACCACUUUCUCCACCCAGUCAAAACUAUGGUGCUCCAUUACUGACACCGCCGAGUCAAGAUUACGGUACUCCCAACCCUCCAAGUAAUCAGUAUGGUGCACCAGUUCUUACAGGUCCAGGUAGUGGAGCAAUUGGAACUUUAAGUUUUCAAUAUGGAGCUCCUACAGGUGGCGGCGGAAAUUCUGGUGGCAGUAACAUUAUAGCACCAGGCAUCGAAUAUGGGACACCACUCUCAAGUGGAGCUGGGUUAAACUUUGGAAACAGCUUUUUAUCGAGUGGGGCAUCAUCAUUUUCAGGAAGCACUGGUGGAAUAACUGGUGUGACAUUCCUUUCUACCCAGUAUGAAGUACCAUCAGCUCCUGCUAUCAUUCCACCAAGUCCGAGUCCAGAGUAUGGCACUCCAGUAACUGGUCCUGGGGAUAUAUCAAUUAUUAAGAGUUUAGGAAUUGAUUUACAGCCACCAGGUGUACCACAUCAACAUAAGUUUAAAGAACCAGUUAAAUUUAGAGAGCCUGUGCCACCUGGGCUGCUAACAUCUAUUGCAGAUAAUGUAGUAAAAGGCCAAAGUGGAAUAGUAAAUUAUAAUAAAGGAGCAACUUACUUGCCUCCACCUGUAAAAGAGCCAUUCGAUUCUACUAACAAUGCAGGAUUUCCUGCUGUUGUGUUUGGAUCUCCUACAAGACCACCAAUAACUUCCUCACAGUCGCAAUCAAGUUCAUCAUCAUUUUCAUUUUCGGGUGAUUUUGGUAAUAAUGGAUUAAGAUCUACAUAUGAGGUGCCUCAAAAUUCCCUGUCCAACAGCUAUGGCAUUCCCAUUGCUUCUUCAGCUGCUGGAAGUUCAUUCAGCUCCAGUUUUGCUGGAGAACAUUCUCAAACACUACAAUCUUCUGGGUUUGGUAGUGGUAUAAGUGAUAGCUAUGGUGCUCCAACUGCCCAAUUUGGUUCUCAACACAAUUGUGGAGCAACCAAUUUCGUGCCUUCACAUGGGUUAGGGGAUCAUUCAUCUUCCUUGUCUAGUCAUUCACAUGCAUCAUCUAUUCAGUCAUCUCAUGGAAGUGAAUCUGUAGCUCACAAUUAUAAUGGACCUCCACCUCCACCCCCACAGCAGACUAAUAACUUUUUAGCACCACCAUCUGCACCAUCGUUGAAUUAUGGUACUCCAAUUGGUUCACCUGACAUUAAUAUUGGUCUCUCUUCAUUUCAAACUAAUAAUGUGGCUAUACCAUUUUCUUCUUCUGGGCCAUCAGUUUCCAUCAGUUAUGGGGUACCAGAUCAAUUACAGUUACAGACUUCUUCAGGCCCUGGACAGAGUGUAGUAGACUCGUCCGCGAAUAUUAAUCAAACUCCUAUUGGACAAUCCGCAUCAUCUCAUAUCACAGCUGAGGGUAAUUCCAUAGCUAAUAAUCUUGCAGGUUACGAAGUAUCAGAAGCAUUAGGUGAUAUUCUUCGACAAACUGAACAUAACUCAGCCUCCUCAUCAGCAACAGCAAGUGCUCAGAUCUAUGGAAAUGGAAUUCAGGAUCCAAGAAAUGCAAAUACAGGUGCUGUAAAUAUUCCAGUCCAGGGAUCGCAAGGAAGUUACACCCUUCAAAUACAGUCCGCCAACGGAAUUGAUGGUUCAAGUUCGUCAGAUUCUGUCCACCAUGAAUCUGUGCUAUCCAGUGGACUGUUGAAGGAUAUACUGGCAGCUAUAGAAGAACCUGAUAACAAUGCAAGACAAGCUCUUGAGCAGAAAUAUGGGGUCCCAGUGGAUCUGCAGCAAUCUGCUUCAAACUCCCAGAAUCAUUACAUUGUUUCUGAAGAUCAUGAACCCCAACAAUCUGUUAAGAAAGAAGUGGUCCUCGAACCAACAGCUCAGGCCAACGUAUCAUUGGCACAUUUAUUACAACUAAAUAUUUCAGCAGACAACCAUGAACUUGAAGGGUCUUUUCCAUUUUCUCUGAGAGAAAAUGGUAUAGCUUUGUACAUCAAAGGUAAGCCCAAGAAUGCUGUACUUUCAGGUGAUUUCAAUUCCUCAUCUGAAAGCUACGAUGCACAAAACCACAUACCAGUUUCUGCUCCCGAAGGAGACCAGAAUCAUAGUUCACAAAUUUACAAUGGCCAUGGAAUCUACACCCAAGAUGAACUGGAAAAGAUUGACAAAGAAAUAUCAAGUCAUGUCAGAAAUAUAAAUUCUGAUAUAAGUUCCACCACACCAGGCACCACAGCUACAUCACACCAUUGAUCAAUUGUGUAGUUUGCUACAAAAAGUACGAUAUGUAUUCUUUCUCUAAAAGAACCUAUCACUUAGAGGAAGUGAAAGACAAUUUGUGGAUGUGGGUUGAUGUUUUGUAUUUUGGAAAUAAGGUUUCCAUGCGGUAUUGGCCGACUAUUUCUGAAAUGAAAUUAAAGCAGUUGUCAGUUUUAGCAUAUUAACUGGUGCUAAUAACUAAAAAAAUCUCUUUUAAGACAACUGCUAAACAACUGUGUUUCUAUGAUAUUAUAUUUACAAAAAAUGACUUAUUUUCUAAGCUACAAGUGAUUCUUGUAAAAAAAGAGUGAUAUAAAAGUAAACUGUUAUUUUGAACAUUCGGAAAUUUCUUGCUGUUACUAAGCUGUCAAUAACGUUAAUAUAGAUAAAAAAAACCUAUAUUUAUUUUUUUUAUUUAAAAUUAAUACUGAAAAAAAGUUUUAUUUGGGAUUGUCUGAAUUUAUUGAUAUUGUGAAUUUUUUUUAUAGAUACUAAUAGAGAGUAAGAAUAUUUUUGUUUUGCAACCAUUCGCCAAAUAUCAGUCCAAUGACUACACAUUUUAACAAAUCAUUACGGACUCCUUCUGUAAACUUGGAAACUGCUCGACAGAAACGAAUUUAUUUAUUACUAAAACAUUUCUGUUGGGAUCUACAACCGGAGGUUAAUAAGUGUGUCACUAUCUGUUUUUGUUUUAUCGCAUAUUAGUUAUCUAUCGAUAGUGUUCAUCACAGCACGAAGAAAAUGCUAACGAUUCAUGCAAUCACUUAAGUGAACAUUGUCUCCCAAGCUUUUUUUUCCUUGUUGGGCAGGUUGCAGCAUGCUCAAAGAAAUCGAUGUUUCAACUAUCGCGGCACGCUGAUGAAUCGAACGAUACUUACUACGACAUUUCUCAAUUUAUAUUGUAUUAAUGGACAAAAUAUUAUACAUCAUGACUAUCAUAAUAUAUCAAUCAAGUCAACUAAAGUACCCUGUCAGUUCAAUUUGCAUUUAUUUAACGUAUUUAAUUUCAACUGAUAGGACUUUCUGGCUAACCGUAAGUGAUGUAGGCCUAAUGUAACUCAACUGUUGAGUGCGUUCACUCGCACAUCACUCCUGUGCCAACUGUACUUACUUACAAAAAAAAUGUUGUUUUUUUAAAACAAAAAUAAUUUAUGUCUAAUAUAGAAUAUGCAAAGUGUUGUGCUGUGUUGUGUGUAAAUGUAUAUGAAAUACAUUUUUGUUGUAUUUUUUUA